AAGUGGUUCUAACUAGCUUGUUAUACUACCUGCGUUAUUUUUUGAUAAUUGUCUAUAUAAAUAUAUAUAUAUCAUAUAUUAUAGUAUACAUACUGUCGUACAUUCGUAAAAGAUUUGUGUAAUCAAACCAUCAAUUACACGCAGUUUUUAAAUAUUUUAAAAGGGCAUUUUACAAAAUAUCUGCUGCAAAGAAAAGAUCGUAUAAUUAAUUUGCUUGAUGCAUGUGAAACCAUAAGCUACGUGAACCAAAUUAACCAAUUUGGUUAAAACCACUCUUGAGUAACCAUGAAAACACUAAUGAAGUUAUUCCUGCUAGCACUAGCAGUAGGAUUAGCUUCGUCAAGACAUUCGAAAUCGAUGGUAACUAUUGUUAAGGAUUACGAAGAGAGUGAAAUACUAUUAUGUUCCUCAGAAUGCACCGAUGGCAUUUCAAAUGGCAAUGUAGUGUUUGGCGAGAACACAAAACAUGGGUAUUUGUUUAGCGGUAAGACCACCAUUAUUGCUCCGACCGGCACUGAAGAGGGUAUAUCGGAAGUAUCGAUCAAAGGAAAGGCCAAUGUCAUCGGGACACAAAAAUGUGGCGCCAUCCUUUAUGUUAAGAAUCUUGAAAUAACUCAAGGGUCGAAGACUUACGGCCAUGCAGACUUACGGGAACUAGAGGGCCACCCAGUUCUGUUUUCUUACAACAACGGGAAAGUCGGUCGGAAUAUCUGUUCGUUGGCAAAGGAUACUGCCGCGUCGAUGAAUUUAAAACGAGCGAUCAUAUCAUCAUUGCAAGUAUCGUCGAUACAAGAAGAUCAAAAAGGAUUUUUCGAGACCGAUAUUCAAGGGACAUGUAAUACUACAUAUUAUCCAGGGACAGGGUCGGACUCGGGUCUUACAAUAACGAAAGAAAAAGAUCUCACACAAUGUACGGGGCACGACAAAAUCAAUUUAAUGGGAUUUUCAUCAGCACAAUCGUAUCCGAUUUAUGAAGAUUCUCCGUUCUCGACAGCCAUUCAGCGUUCUGAAAUCCAAAUAAAAGAUUCUACAUUAGUAGCAGUCACCAACAAAGAGACUUUCAUCUAUCAACCGUUUGGUCCAAUUGAUGUAGAAACUAGAAUAAUGGUAUCCAUGAGUUUGCAAUUGGUGAAAAUGGCAGGGGUUCAAACCCCUUCUUUAAGUCGUCUGAGCAAAAGCCGAUCUAUUAUGUUUGAAAAACCAACUGGAAUUAUUGGAUCGGCAGAUGCUGAUGCGUUAGUAGCUGCAACACAAUCGGCUUUGACUAAACUCGAACCAAUAGUCGGUAUGGACGGUGCCGAUAGUUUUUCAUCGUUAGUACAAUUAUUAAAAGUGGCAAAGAAGGACGACAUACUUUCUGCGUUUGAGCAGAUUAUGAGCGGUAGCAGUGGAUACGAAAAUACCGAAGUACCAGAGUCAAUUUUCAUAGAUGCUCUAAUGGCUGCUAAUAGUGGUGAAUCUAUUGAAGCCGCUGUAGAACUCAUAGAUAGCAAUAAAUUAAGCGAUUCAUUGACUAUUUCGUGGUUUAAUAAUUUGGCAAACGCAAAACAUCCAACCAAAGAGGCAGUGGUCAAAGCAUCAAGCUUACUAAAUGACAGAGCUCUAAAAGAAGGCUAUCUAGGAGUCGGUGCUUUGUUAAGACAAUAUCUACAAGAAACUCAGGAUUAUACUAGUCCUGAAGUAGGAAAUACUUUGAAUAAUUUAGGAAAUCCAUUAAUGAAAGUGGGCAAUGGUCCAUUAUCAUCAAACGACGAGGACUUAAUUAUUGCUAGUCUAAAGGGUCUCGGCUAUGCACAAUACAUAAAUAGUGAUCUAGAAGAUGUGAUUAUUAAGAUUACUAUGGAUAAAAAUACUAUUCAAAGGAUUAAAGCAGCAGCAUUGAAUAUGGUUAAAAUCUAUGCUGAGAAUUCAAAGGUGGAGAAAGCCUGUGAAAGCAUUUUUACCGACAACUUGGAAGAUUCCGAACUACGUAUUUUAGCGUUUAAAGUAUUUGUCAUUAAUCCAUGUAACUAUAAAGCAACUGUUAUAAAAACAGUAUUAGAUGACAAAAACACCCAACUUCAAAUUCGAGCUUACUUACUCAGCUACUUGAGUAAUUUACAGACGACCGCGGAUGAAAAUAAACUAGAUCAAAAGAGAUUUUAUGAAGGAAUUAAUACGAUUUCAUCAAAAAAAUCACUCAAUGAUAUUCUGCGUUACUCGCGGAAAUUGGAAUAUUACCAUCAAUGCCCUCUAAUACACAGUGGAGUUUUAUUGGACGCAGAUAUUAUUUAUUCAUACAAAACUUUUUUGGCACGGUCUUCUUCGGCAUCACUAAAAGCAUACAUAUUUGGACGUAAACAUGACAUACUUGAUGUUGAUGUCCGUAUUGAAAACUUGGAACCUUUACUGGAAAAACUAUUUGGACCCGAAGGAUAUUUUGCAAAAAGUAAAAGAUCUGCUUUCGAUGAUGUUAAAAAUUACGUAACUCAAGCAAUAAACUAUGCUAAGAAUAGAGAACAGAAUGACGUUGAUUCAGAAUUGUCUUCUAAACAAGCUUGUGAAAAUAUGCCUGAAGAAGAAAUGAAAAAAAUGUAUGUAGAUAUAGCGCUUAAAUUAUUUGGAAACGAUCUUGGUUGGUUUUCAUUCCAAGGACGUGAAUGUCAAAUUACUUACCAACAUAUAAUUGAUGCCAUACUUAAUAAUUUUGAUAAUUCAGUAACCGAUAAAAAGGAUAUAGAACUAAACAUAAGAAAACAAAUACCAAUCAUCGAUUUCGAAAAGAAAUAUGCAACAUGUUCUGGACUUCCAGUUUCAUUAAAAAUCCAGGCUACGUCAGCUAUUAAAAUUGAUAUAGCUACUAUAUUUGAUUUAGAUAGUUAUUUUAAACAUCCAGAAAAUUCAAAUUUCGCACUCAAACUCAUACCUAGCGGUUCACUUGUUUUCAACUCCUUAUUAACAAUUGAUGGAUAUACUGUUGAUGUUGGAUAUAAAAUAACGUCCUCACUUCAUACAGCCACAGGAUCUGAUUUUUCAUUAAAGACGACUCAAGGUCGAGGUUUUGAAAUGGUUUAUGGACUUCCUUUGGACGUCAUGGAUAUACUGACUAUAAAAUCUGAAGCGUUUUCAAUAGUACAGGAAAAAGAAAGUGAAUCGAUUGAAGUACCCCUUACGUGUGCAGAUGUUGAUAGGCAAUCAUAUACAAGAGCAUUUGAAAAUGUUAACAGUACUUUAGGCUUAUCGUUUUACGUUAAUUAUGAUUUUCCUUGGAAUGGAGAGUUAAAAUCGUUACUGCCAUUUUCUGGUCCAUCGUCACUUUCUUUAAAAGUGUUUAAAGUUGAUGAAAAUCUUACUGAAUAUGUUGUGAAAGGAAAUUAUGACAUUAAAUCGCCAACACUAAAAUAUAUUAAGUUCAUAUUUGUUACACCAAAUGCAGACACCAAACGUGGUUUGGAGGUAGUCGUUGUUUAUGAUACUAAAGCACAUAAAAAAUUAUUAGCCGAGUUCAAAACUCCAUUCACUAAAAAACUUCUCCAAGGUACAUUAGUUGAUUCAGACGAACAAAAAACCAUAGAAGUUAAAUAUAUUGAUGGUUCCCAGCACAUUUUUAGUGCUGGAGUAAAAUGUGAAGUGGUAGAUGCUGAAACAAUAAAAUAUUCACCAAUAUUUGAAGCUAAAUACUCUACAGAAGCGAGCACUACAAAACACAGACAUCAUCUCGUACCUAAGUUUGACAUAGAGGGUAACAUUCUUGUAAAACGUAAUACAAAUUCUGAAAGUAAUUAUCCAAGUAAAUUAACUUUAAGGGACGUUGCUUUUGUUACUCCUGAAAGCAGACACUCUUUACAAGGGUCGUUAACUUUUGAAAACCACGAAGUAUUAGGAGAUGUUAGUUUAACAGCCAAUAGUGUUACUAUUAAUAUGAACGGACUUCUUAGUGGAGAUUAUCCGGUAUUCAAAUUGGGCUUAAAGUUAGAUAUGACUAGAAACGAACAAGCCAAACAACAAUUAUUGGAGACUGAUGAAAGCAAUGAUUAUAAACCAAUGUCCAAAUUUGUAGCUUUACUAUACAAAGUUAAGACUUUGAAUAUACUUACAUCACAAGAACUUCAUAUUGAAGCACCUUAUGUAUUCUUAAGUAAAAAUCAUGUCUUUUGGGACGAUGAUUAUUUUGAAGCAAACUGUGAUGUACUAUUUGAAAACAGUGAACUCACAACGCAUGGAUAUAUUAUGACCUCCAAUCUACUCGAUAUGACAUUUAAUGCUAAUAUCACGAUUCUGCCAAGUACUGAAGAUACGGGAAUAUUUGUUCUUGGGCUUUUAGAACAUUCUCUUGUUUCUGACCCAUCGUUUGCUGGACAUGGAGAUUUUAAAUAUAUUCAAAAUAAGAAUAAAAAUGGUAGUUAUUUUGAAUUUAAUUCAGAAGACCCAAAAACAUUUGGAAGAUAUCAUUUUAAUACAGAACAUCAGUCUACAGAUGAUGCUUUUAAGUAUACUAUUUACUAUGACGUUUACGAUGGUUCUACUUUUACGGUUGAUAUGAAUAUUUUAACAGACGAUAUCACAUGUAACAUUAAUUUUGAUUCUCCCAAUCCUGAAUAUAAGUCUUUUAUGAUUGUACAUGGUUGGUCGGAACCAAGAAAUACGUAUUUAUUUGAUUCAAAAGUUUUAUGGCCUGGUGAUCAAAAUUCAAACUAUUUAAAUGCAAAUGGAAAAAUGCUUUUGGACGGACGUCAUAUCCACAUGAAUGGAAACAUUGAUUUUCCAUUGGCACAUUUAGUAAAUUUCCACAUAUCAGUAAAAAGUAAACCUAAUCCCGAAAUUGAAGAUGGUGGAUUUGCUACAGUUCGCUGCAUUUCUAAUGAUAAAGUUUUAUUAUCCGAAAAGUUCAAGUAUCAAUUAACACUAAACAAUGGUGAAUUAUAUGUGUCUGGAGAGAGUAUUUACGACGAGUCACAGAAUGUCAAACCUAUUAGUUUUGAAAUAGUAUAUAAAAAUUACACAGAUGAAGGAUACGCUACUGGAAAACAAAUCGCGUACAAAGUUGCACUGGAACAUAAUAAUCAGCAAAUUAUAUACCAAAGACUUUUGCAAGUCACUAAACACACGUUUAACUAUAAACAAUUACACAAAAUAGAUGAUGAAGAACAAAAAAUAAUGAUGGAUUUAGAAUAUGAUAUAAUAAGUGCAUGGGAUUGGUCUUAUAAAUUAAUAUCUAGAGUUGAUUCCCCAAAUGUUUUUCAUUAUUUGAUUAAUGAUGACCAAAACUUAUUAGAAUUUAACUCCUAUAUUAAAUUAGGUAAUAACUCAUUAGAUGAAGAGCAUACUCUUAACAUUUAUUCAUCAGAAGAUUUAACUGACUCGUAUGAAUUUAAAUGGUUUACAAACUAUGAAAAAACAGCAUUCAAGUUUUUAUAUAAACAACGAGAAAUAAGAGGCUUGGUGCAUUAUAGUUUGAACAGUAUAAAAGGAGGAUACAAUUUUAUUUCUUCGGGACGAUUGUGGUUAGAUUUUAUUUCAGACCCAAAUUCAGAAAGUACCUUAUCAAUAAAUACUUACUAUUCACUUAAUGAAGGACUUUCUACAGCCAGUGACAUAAAAAUAUGUGUACCGAUAUUUAAUGAUAAGGAAAUGAGUGUCAAUACCGCCGUCGAGAUGUUUAAGAACUGGGAAAAUCCAUUAAGUAUUCAAUUAGAACUUGACAUUUUUCCCACUACAGAUCAAACAUUAAAACUCCGUUCUAGUUUAAAUAGAGACGUUCAAGAUAGUGGAGUUUUGUAUUCUGCCUCGCUAUUAGCUCAAAGCGAUGGAAUGAAAUUAGAUUAUGCAUUUAAAGAUUCUAUAUAUGUUUCAAGUGAAAAAUGGGGAAAAUAUUUAGAUGCACGUUUUAUUGAUAAUAAUAAUACUAUUAGACCUCUUCAAGUACAUUUUGAAUUACUGCCUAGAGGAUUUACUAACAAAAUGAACAUUUUUGAUAUUGCUGUGAUCGACGUUGGUUCGUCAAUUAUGGUCAAAGAUGGAGUUUUGAAUACACGGUCACUAAUAAAGUACAAUGAUCAUCCAUAUUCCUUUGAAACUUCGUUAACCUCAAAUCCAAGUUUCAAAUUCAUAAUGGGAUGGGAAAAUAAAAUGGGAAGUCAUGAACAGCUGAUGGUCGAAGGUUCUAUUGUUAUGGAUGAUUCGGCUGUUAUUAGUGCUACUCGUAUACAAAACGAUGGUAAUGACGUCAUGCCUGUGGGAUACAUAAAAAAAUCCUUAGACGAACAACAUUGGUGGGAUACAAGUAACCAUUUGAGUACAGAACAAUCUAACGAAAUUUGGCAAUCAUUAAAGGGACAAUUCAUUGAAAUAUUUAUAAGUGUACACAGCAAUAUGAAAAAUAUAAUAUCUGUGGCCAAAAAGCAGCGUAAAUUACGCUUGCAUGAAGCAAGAAGAGCUCAACCACAAUAUCGUGCAUUGAUGGAAUAUACGCGUGACAUGUUUAAUCAAAUACUUAAUGAAGUCUUGGAAGACGAUUAUAUAUUACAAAUACCAAUGUUGAUACAAAAUACCACAGAAGCUGUAUUUUCCGAUGUUAUUGAUUUUAUGAAUUAUAAUAGUGACUACUUCAUAAACUCGGUUAGGCAUUUAAAUAGACAUAUGGAAAUGUAUUUAAAGAAAAUAUAUAAGUAUUAUGCAAAUCAUACAAGUGUACUCUUAAAUAAGUUGGCACAUAAUAUUGAUGAAUUAAUCAACCAAGUUGAGCUUACUUUACUGGACUUAUUUAGACAGUUAAAUCUAUAUACAGAUGCACCUGUGAAUGAAAUGCAGUCAUCAGAACCUCGUUCGGUUAAAGAGUACUAUAAUAAAAUGAUGGAUAAAUUUAUGAAAGCGAUCGAGAAACUUGAAGAUACAAUAAAAAACAUUAAAGACUUAACAGAUGAUUAUUUAAAGAGCUUGCCGAUUUAUGACAUGUUACACGAUCAAAUUGAAAAAUUAAAAUCAUACCCUUACAAAGAGAAAGUAUGGGAGGAAAUACAUAACUAUUUGCAAGACCUAGAAAAUUCAGCUCCGACCAGAGACUUCGCUAGUUUUAUCAAUGCUUUGGAUAAGUACAUAAAUAAUAUCAUUCAUGACAUACCGGUGAGCCAAAGAGAGAUAAUAACCCUGAGGAACAAAGGACUUAUAGUCGUGAAGUCAAUGAUAUUUGAUUUCUCUAAUUACGUAGAUCACGAAAGAGCAAUGAAUAUGUAUAAUGCAUUACGUAAACUUACUACCUUUGGCCAGACUAUUCUUCACAUAGCCUCGCCAAACACAUUCCAAUAUCCAACAAAUGAAAAUCCUUUGUUAAUUGACUUCAAUGUAUAUUAUCAUAAAUAUUUGAAUCCGUCGAAUUUAAUACCACCGUUCGAUGUGCAAAGUGUUAUUAUCGACUCCAUCAAUAUAAUUACGUACAAUAAUCAACCAUACAGCUUCAUGCCAAACACUGGUUAUUAUACGUUGGCUGAGGAUUUUGUAAAUAACAAAUUUUUAAUACUUGCUGGUUACAAGAACAACAUUUUAACAAAAAUAUCGAUUUCAAUCUAUAAUGGUGAAAAAUAUGUACUCGUUUCCGGAGGAAGUAUUACCGUUAAUGGCAAAAAUGCAGAUUUUCCACUUAUAAAUGACAAUUUAAAAACAUGGAGAGAUGUUUAUUUCUUUGGAAUAGAUAUUUCUAUUGGUGUCAGUAUCAAAUGCACUUUGGAUUUAAGUAUUGUUCAAGUGUUUAUUAAUGGAUACUAUUAUGGUCAAGUGCAUGGUUUACUAGGAUCAAUGUAUCAAGAACCUAAAUAUGAUUUAAAACUACCUAAUGGAGAAUUACCCGAUGACAUGGCAUCAUUUUUGCUGGCGUACAGACAAACAGGAAACACCGAACCGACUAAUAUCGAAUUAUUACAAACCGAUGAUCCACUAUGUUCCAGCUUGUUCUCUGGAAAAUCUUCUCUUAAACCGUUCUUCCCAACUAUAGCACCAGCAGCGUAUAGAGCGAUUUGCAACCAAAUCGUUUCUACAGCUACAUCUGAACAAGACAGUUUGAAUAAAGCUUGUUUAGUGGCAAAAGCUUUUGUGAGUAUGGCCAGACAAAACUAUAUGUCAAGUUGUAAUAUUCCAGAUAUGUGCAUAACGACUUCGGUAAAUGAACGAAUGAUAGACGCGACGAAAAAUGUUCAAAUAUCUGAUCCAAAAGACGUAGCAGAUAUAAUGAUUUUGUUCGAAGAGAUCGUAGAAACUGAACAAACAUUUUCAUUAAUGUUGGAUCCAUUCAUAAAACAAGUUACGAGCAAUUUUAACAGCAAAGGAAUAAAUGACGUCAAAUUUAUUCUUAUUGGAUACUCUGGAAAAAGUACAGAUUCUGAAGUGCAUAUGUAUACAACUAACGAGGAUGAUGGUUACACCAAGUUAUUGAGUAACUUACCGGAAUGGACAGAAUCUCAGACCACCACCGAAACAGAGACAAGUAUGCUGGAAUCUCAGCAUAUGCAUUCGUUUAGAAAAGUUAUGGGUAAAAAUUCAAAAGACAAAGCAUACAAACUUUCAGCCGAAUACCCAUUCAGAGCGAAUGCUGUUAAAGUCGUCUUGUCCAUCGCGAAAUCUCUAUACAGCACCCAAGAAUCCGUUUAUAGCGUAUCUCAGUACACGUUCAACUACGUAUCGUCCUGGUAUAUGAAACAAGGUAUCACGUUUUACCUGAUCGCCCCCAUAAAUCUGAGUGAUGCUUCGGAUGACGGAAUUUUCGGAGCGAGUGGUGUGAACAAGAUUUAUACAAGUACAUCGCCGAAUGGUAAAUACAGCGACGACGGAUAUACUUACGACACAUCAUUGGAGACAAAUUUGGUGUUAGAGACGAGCGGGACCAUGUACGAUUCUCGGUUUUUCGCCGACACCUCGAGUGCGCAUUUAAACGCUUUCUUGCAGUCGUUGUGCAGAACCAUUGUGGACAUGUCCGCUAGUGAUGCAGCGAUCCCGAUGAGUUGUUCCAGUUCGUUGUACGACGGAGUGAUGCCGUACGCGAAGUGCGUUGUCGUCACCAGCUGACCGACGAAAUUAAUAUGAUUUGUAGAGGGUGACACAUAUUAUCGUACUCAUACAUAAUAAUAAUAUGUAACACCUGAAAAACAGUUAUACAUAGAUAUGCAGUAAUGUGUGUUUAGAUCAAAUGAAAUAUUUAAGCCAACAAAUUAUUAAUUAUUUUUUAGAU